UUCUAUUCCACAUGCAGCUCGCUACGGAUACAGCUCUCCCCUCCCCGGGCAGUUAUCAUUCAGCGUCCCCUGUCGAAGCCCGUCUUGUCUUCGUCUCACGUUCCCUUUUUAAGCUGACCUCCCGCGUUCCCUGUUCUCAUCUUCCUCCCUGGUCAGGCCAGCCAUUGUCACCCCCUCCUUUUUGUCGGUCGUUUCUCGCUGUCUCCGAAGCACUGUCAACGGCCAUAGUCAGGGAGCGGUAGCUUCACCUCGGGACAGAGUUCGCGCCGAGAGAGACAGGAAACUUCUCAAAGUUGAAAAAAGGAACAGGACUCAGGAUACCCCGCCAAGACAACGCCUAGGCCAAUCUCCCGUACCCGCUAAUCCACAGCCCCCGUCUCAGAACUUAGAAGGGGGGGGGUGGGUGCACGACCCAGUGUCUCGCCUCUAGGACCGCUAGACGAAAUGCCCUUUUCCCGCCGUCCCAAACACAAAGACCAGACCCGAGCGGUCUCGGUCGCAGACGACGACAUCAACUUCACCACCGCUGUUGCCGCUGACAACACCGACAUCGCGAACCACGACGACAACGCCGGCGACGAGAAGAAGGAGGCCGUCAAGAGCGCUUCACUCGACAACGGACACGCGAAGCAACACACCGACGCCGACGCCGACGCCCCGAUGCCGAACCACGCCCCGCCCGGCUCCGGCUUUGGGAAACUCGGCGACGACGACUACGACGUUCGCGAUGUCGAAUCGUCGGCGUCGCGUGACAUCCCCGCCGCCGGCGCGCCCCGCGGUCUCGGUGCCGCCGACGAGAAUAGCAGUGUCCUCGAGGGGUCCAUGAUCGAGUACCGCACCUACAAGCGCCGCUGGUUCGGUCUGGCCCAGUUGACUUUGCUCAACAUCAUCGUGUCCUGGGAUUGGCUCACGUUCGCUCCCGUCGCCUCCAAUGCCGCCGCCUACUACAACGUCUCCGAGUCCGCCAUCAACUGGCUCUCGACCGCCUUCCUCUUCGCCUUCGUCGCCAUCUUCCCCGUCACGAUCCGCAUCCUCCACUACGGGCCCAAGCCCUCCUUCAUGACGGCCGCCGCCCUGCUCCUCAUCGGCAAUUGGGUCCGCUACGGCGGCUCUCACGCCCGCUCCGGCGGCAGCUACCCCGUCGUCAUGUUCGGCCAGAUCCUCACGGGGCUCGCCCAACCCUUCGUCCUGGCAGCCCCGACGAGGUACUCGGACCUGUGGUUCACCAACCGUGGCCGCGUCGCCGCCACGGCCCUGACCUCGCUCGCGAACCCGCUCGGUGCCGCCCUCGGCCAGCUCAUCGUUCCCUUCUGGGUCACCUCCCCCGCCGACGUCUCCUCGGGCGUUCUCUACGUCUCCAUCAUUUCCACCGUCGCCUGCCUACCCGCCUUCUUCAUCCCCGCCCGCCCGCCGACCCCCGUCGCGCCCUCGUCGCGCACCCUCAAGCUCGGCAUCCGCGAGUCCUUCUCCAUCGUCUCGCGGUCCCUCGAGCUGUGGCUCAUCUUCAUCCCCUAUGCCCUAUACGUCGGCUUCUUCAACUCCAUCUCGUCCCUGCUGAACCAGAUGAUGAUCCCUUACGGUUUCUCCGACGAGGAGGCCGGCAUCGCCGGAGCCCUGCUCAUUGUCGUCGGCCUCGUCGCCUCCGCCAUCACCUCGCCCAUCCUCGAUCGCACUAAGAAGUUCCUGCUGGCCAUCAAGGUCGCCGUCCCCAUCAUCGGCCUGUGCUACCUCGCCUUCAUCUGGAUGCCCGAGACCCGCGACAUCGCGGGACCCUACGUCGUCCUCGCCGUCCUCGGCGCCGCCUCUUUUUCGCUCGUGCCCGUCGCCCUAGAGCUGCUCAUCGAGCUGAGCCACCCCGUCAGUCCCGAGGUCACGAGCACCAUCGCCUGGGCGGGAGGGCAGCUGCUCGGCGCCCUGUUCAUCAUCAUCUCGGACGCCCUGCAGGCUGGCGACGCCGCGGACCCGCCCAGGAACAUGAAGAACGCCCUCGUCUUCCAGGCCGUCGUCGCCGUCGUCAUCGUGCCGCUGCCGCUGUUCCUCGGCAUGUUCGGCCGUGGCGACAAGGUCAGCCUCCGGCGCGUCAGGUCCGACGAGGAGGGGGUCCGGCAGACGAGCCCGUAAUAUGCGUCUAUCUCUCUCUCUCUCUCUCUCUCUUUGUCCUCCGAUGAGGAAUGUCGUGUGCCAUGUGUAAUGACUGAGCGGGUGGAGUUAUAGCGUGCGUGGUGAAAUUAGUGUAUGUGAUCAGUUCGGUAUUUGUUCCUACAAGAGAACACUUAAUUGCUCUUGGUUCAAUCUAGUCAUCCUCUGUGCUGUCCUUCACAGUCUCAAAUAUAUCAAACGAACCCAGCUUUCCGACAGUUCAUGCUGGUCCGGAGGAGAAUUAUGUUAUGAUAAGUGAUUAGAUAUUAUUUUGAUGUAGGUUUUGGGGUGCCGCCACCUUUUUUUCGAUGCUCGUUUGCCAACCCAGAUGGGAAUAAAUAUAAACGCCCGUGACCCGUGGCCGGUGAGCUGUAACCUGGAAUCUGGAACCUAGAACCUCUAACCCCCCCCCCCCCCCCCCCCCCCCC